CGUCAAAGACUGUCACUAUGCGCACGCGCAAUCUGCAGAAUUGAAGCCACGGGAUUAAGGAAGUGCCAUCUCCAGGGCUCAGUUCUCAUUGGAACAGAGAAAGUUCGCGGGAGCUACGGGUGGUUUGGCGCCUGCGUCUUUUCCGCAAGCGAGUCAGCGUGAGCGGCUGCUAAGUGCUUGAGGAGCGAUGCCCAGGGAAAUCAUCACUCUACAGUUAGGCCAGUGCGGCAAUCAAAUCGGCUUCGAGUUCUGGAAGCAGCUGUGCGCCGAGCAUGGCAUCAGCCCGGAGGGCAUCGUGGAGGAGUUCGCCACCGAGGGCACCGACCGCAAGGACGUCUUCUUCUACCAGGCGGACGACGAGCACUACAUCCCCCGGGCCGUGCUGCUGGACCUGGAGCCGCGCGUGAUCCACUCCAUCCAGAACUCUGCCUACGCCAAGCUCUACAACCCCGAGAACAUCUACCUGUCGGAGCACGGGGGCGGAGCCGGCAACAACUGGGCCAGUGGGUUCUCUCAGGGAGAGAAGAUCCAUGAGGACAUUUUUGACAUCAUUGACCGGGAGGCAGAUGGGAGCGACAGUCUGGAGGGCUUCGUGCUGUGCCACUCCAUUGCCGGGGGCACGGGCUCUGGCCUGGGCUCCUACCUCCUGGAGCGGCUGAAUGACAGGUACCCCAAGAAGCUGGUGCAGACGUACUCGGUGUUCCCCAACCAGGACGAGAUGAGCGACGUGGUGGUGCAGCCCUACAACUCCCUGCUCACGCUCAAGCGGCUGACGCAGAACGCAGACUGCGUGGUGGUGCUGGACAACACGGCCCUCAACCGGAUCGCCACCGACCGCCUGCACAUCCAGAACCCGUCCUUCUCCCAGAUCAACCAGCUGGUGUCCACCAUCAUGUCGGCCAGCACCACCACCCUGCGCUACCCCGGCUACAUGAACAACGACCUCAUCGGCCUCAUCGCCUCUCUCAUCCCCACGCCGCGCCUGCACUUCCUCAUGACUGGCUACACCCCGCUCACCACGGACCAGUCGGUGAGGCCGCUGCACACCAGCCAGCGUGGGCCGGGCUUGAGGCUCUCCAGUCCCUCCCACGCUCCCGCCCUCCCUGUGCGCCGCUCCUCAGCCUCCCUGACUCCUGCUCCCCAUGCCCAGCUCUUUGAGCGCACCUGUCGCCAGUUUGACAAGCUUCGGAAGCGCGAGGCCUUCAUGGAGCAGUUCCGCAAGGAGGACAUCUUCAAGGACAACUUCGACGAGAUGGACACGUCCCGCGAGAUCGUGCAGCAGCUCAUCGACGAGUACCACGCAGCCACGCGGCCCGACUACAUCUCCUGGGGCACCCAGGAGCAGUGAGCGGCCACGGACCCCACCUGCCUGCCUUACCCUCUCCAAGUACAGAUUGGGGAGCACGUGGAUGUCACACCCAUGGCUGUCGUAUGUCCGGUGCCCUUGUGUUUCCGUCUCCUAAGACAUCCUUAAUAAAGCACUGGGUAGAAAUCGA